UCAUUCUUGUGUCUAUUAUUGGAAACAUCUCCAUCUCAAAUCUCCAUCUUCUUCAUCCGAAAAUGCUAUAGGAAGGGUCCACCAGUCCAUGACUCUGGGAGUGCCACUUAUAUUGGAUUCAGGCGGAAAAGGUCAAUGUCCUUCUCAUUGGUAAGGUUAAGCCGAUUUCUUAUCAGCGAUAAGAUGCGUCAACAACUAGUUUGCCUGCACGAUAUUACCGUCAUCGACUUUUCGAAGUUUUUCUUUCCGGAAUGUAUUCUAUUCACAACGCCUCUUCAACGUAGGUAGACAUGUACCUGCGUAUUGCAGGCAGAAGGUUGGGGCCUGUUGUACCUUCAUGUAAUAAGUUAUUAUCGAAUACACUCUCUUUUCCAUAUCAAAUCUCACAGCAAUCACGAAAACGUUCGACCCAGUAUCUAUUACGACCUAAGAAGGAAACAAGUGGAAUCCAUGCAUAUGCAAAAGUUCCCAAUCGUUCAGUGCAAGCGCAGAGGUAUCAGCCUUUCGUGCCCCCAUCACCAGCAUCGUUGGGGAAAGCUGCACCCCCAAAGCUAUAUCCUCGAACAAUAAAAUGGGGACGAAGGCUACUGUAUGUUUCAGCGGCGACAGGCCUAGCCUACCUUAUAGACACACAAUUAUACGCAUCCUCCAUCACUAGAUCAAUGAGAACAUUUGGCUUGGGUAUAUUGGUUGCAAUCGAUUAUAAGCUUAACUUUCGACCCAAUCCGAUUCUUGGUGGUGACAUUACCGACUUACAUAGGAGAAAUGCUGAGAGGAUGUUCAAUCUAUUACACCAGAAUGGAGGGCUGUAUUUAAAAAUCGGGCAAGCAAUUGCUAUGCAAAGUGCUGUAUUACCUCCUGAAUUUCAGAAAAUGUUCGCAAGAAUGUUCGAUGAUGCUCCCCAGAAUUCGUGGCAGGAUGUAGAAAGGGUUAUCCGCGAAGACUUUGGAGGCAAAAGCCCCGAAGAAGUGUUUGGUGUUAGUUUUACAAACAAACCCGGGUCUGGAGUUAUUGAGACCAAAGCUAGAGCUUCAGCAUCUGUUGCACAAGUCCAUUGGGCGAGAUUGGCUGAUGGAAGGGAAGUGGCAGUCAAAGUGCAGAAACGAGAGAUUGCUAGCCAAGUGGGUUGGGAUCUGUGGGCUUUCAAGUGAGUCUUCGUUGGAAAUGCAUUCAGAAGUAGCUAGGCUUUGCUAACAAAUAUAUCAAGAGUAGUGAUGAAGGUAUACACAUAUUGGUUCGACCUUCCUUUAUACAGUCUAGUGCCAUACAUUACAGAACGCUUAAUGUUAGAAACGGACUUUGUAAAUGAAGCAAAUAACGCAGAGCUGAUGGCCCGACUAGUAGCGGGUGAGCCACGGUUGAACGGUCGUGUUUAUAUUCCCCAGGUAUACCGUGAUCUUUCCUCGAAACGGGUCAUGACAACCGAAUGGAUCGAAGGCGUACGUCUUUGGGACAAAGAAGCCCUGACUGCUCCUUGGCAUGGUGGAUAUGGCAAAGGUUCACCCGGAGCAAAAGGAACCCCGCUAUCAACCCCUUCGCCAGCCAACUUUGCAAAUGAUAAUUUUAAGCCUGAUCGUAGCGGCGAAUGGAGAGGUCGUAAUGGCAAAGGUGGUCUAGGACUCAGUCUCAAACAAGUCAUGACAACCAUGGUUGAUCUCUUUUCCGCACAAAUGUUCCUCUGGGGAGUUGUACAUUGUGAUCCUCAUCCAGGAAACAUUUUUAUCCGAAGGCAGCCUAAUGGUCAACCGGAACUUGUCUUGAUUGAUCAUGGUCUAUACGUUUAUAUGAAUCCAGAAUUCCGCCACCAAUACUGUCAAUUUUGGAAAGCAAUCAUGACCUUUGAUAAUGCCUCUCUCAAUAAAAUCACCUCUGCUUGGGGCGUCAAAGCUCCAGAUCUUUUCGCAUCCGCAACUCUUAUGCGCCCAUAUGACGGUGGUGACAAUAGCACCAAGGAUCGCAUCACCAAAGAUCUGGAAGGCAAAACGGCUGCUGAACGUCACUAUGAAAUCCAAGAAAGAUUCAGGCAAGGUAUCCGGGACGUCCUAUCCGAAGAAGAGAAUUUCCCACGUGAACUCCUCUUUAUCGGUCGCAACAUGCGUAUUGUGCAAGGCAACAAUCAAUUUCUCGGCUCUCCUGUUAAUCGUAUCAAAAUGACGGGUUAUUGGGCAUCUCGCAGUUUGGUUGAUAGCAAGGAUUUGAGUUGGAGAGAAAGAUGGAUCAAUGGGUGGAAACAUCUUUUGUUUAGGUUUGUGCUACUCAGUACCGAUAUAGCCUUUUGGGGAAGCAAGAUCAGGCAGCUCCUUGGGUGGGGUGGUGGUAUGGAAGAUGAUCUCGAAAAGCAGAUGAGAUUCUUGGCUAAGGAUCAAUUCGGCGUGGAAUUGCAACAUAGUGUCUUCGAGGGAUAGAAGACCAGAUCUGCUGGAGGAAAGGUACAACAAAAGAUGCUGUGUAUGAAUAGAUGAAGAAUCCUUGAUUAUCGUAGCGAGAUAUCAGUGUAUUUACUUUAGAGUAGAGGAGUUGUUAUAGAUAUAUCCACUCGCUCAUGUUAGAAAUAUAUGUAAGAUAAUAUCUUAAGAACCCUCAUCUCGUCGAUAUGGAAUUCAAGUCAAG